CUGGAGACUAACAAACCUUGUUCAGUCACGUUGACGUUGCGCGCCGUACCAUCAAUCCGCUCACCUUCCCUUCCCCCUCACCGACCCGACCUCCAUGCAUGGCAUAUGCCGUGAGAUAUUCCAUUCCGGCGUACUAAACCCACCUUGCAGUUGCACUCAUUAAUUCUCCAUUCAUUCAGUCUCGACUGCAUCUUCCCCCCACUGCCCAUUCGCCUCGCUCUUGCAUAAGAUAUCUUCUGUCCAGCUAGAACAUCCUAGAGCUAGCUGUUGCAUGCGUUGAUCGAGCCACCACCAGCUAGCAUUGUGAUCGAGGGAACAAGAAGAGAUGAAGUUUGGCAAGAGGCUCAAGAAGCAGGUGGAGGAGAGCCUCCCGGACUGGAGAGACAAGUUCCUAGCGUACAAGCGCCUCAAGAGGCUCGUCCGCCUCGUCCCGGCCUCCUCGCCCAGCAGGAGGGGCGGCCGCGCAGCCGAUGCCGCCUUCCUGCGCCUCCUCCACGCCGAGGUCGACCGGUUCAACGCCUUCUUCCUGGAGCGGGAGGAGGACUUCGUCAUACGGCACAGGGCACGUGCACGUCCUGACGUCCCUCCUAUCAUACGAGCUGAAGGAGACGGCCGAGGACGCGCGCAAGGCGAUCGUCGACCUGCACGGGGAGAUGGUGCUGCUGCUCAACUAUAGCGCCAUCAACUACACAGGGCUGGCCAAGAUCCUCAAGAAGUACGACAAACGCACCGGGCGGCUGCUGCGGCUGCCCUUCAUCGGAAAGGUGCUCCGGCAGCCCUUCUUCGCCACGGAGCUCAUCUCCAGGCUCGUCCGCGACUGCGAGGCCACCAUGGAGGCCGUGUUCGAGGCCAGCACAGGCCACGCCCGCUCGUCGGCGGGGACGGCCCCCGUGGCCUCAGCCAGGCAGGGCAUCUUCCGGAACACCGUGGCCGCGCUGGUGACCAUGGGCGAGCUCCGCAGCGGGAGUUCCACGUACGGUCACUUCUCGCUGCCACCGAUGGCCCCGCCGGAGUCCGAUCUCCUGCGGCGCGUGUGCGUCCAGGUCGCCGGUCAAGUGUCCAUCUGACUAUCCGAGAGAUUUUCCGCUGUGCUCUUCGACGGCCAGUUACUACUCAUGCUAGAUUGUCAUACUAUAAGAGACAUGUAUACUUUCGCUUCCUACUACAAAUUCACCUAUUUGUAUAAGCCUAGAAAUUCUGUCGAAUUCUUCUUUUUUUACUUUUCCA